CUCACGUGACCGCCUCGCUCCUCGCCCCGUCGAGAUGGCGGCGCCUGUGGAAGAAGAGCAAGCGCUGCUGGACGGGGACUCGUCGCCGGAGCACGAUGGCUGCCCUGCGAGGAAGCCGGUGUCGGCCCUGUGCGACCCGCAGCGGCUGGCUCAUCGGAUGCUGGUCCUGGCGCUCAUGUGCUUUCUGGGCUUCGGCAGCUAUUUUUGCUAUGACAACCCCGCAGCGUUGCAAACUCAGGUCCAAAAGGAUAUGAAGGUGAACACAGCUGAAUUCAUGGCACUGUAUGCCUGGUAUUCUUGGCCCAAUGUGGUUCUCUGUUUCUUUGGAGGCUUUCUGAUAGACAGAGUCUUUGGAAUAAGGUGGGGCACAAUAAUAUUCAGCACCUUUGUCUGUAUUGGACAGGUGAUUUUUGCUGUGGGAGCAAUAUGUAACGCUUUUUGGCUGAUGGAAGCCGGCAGAUUUGUAUUUGGGAUUGGUGGAGAGUCCUUAGCUGUGGCGCAAAAUACAUAUGCUGUCAGUUGGUUUAAAGGAAAGGAAUUAAACCUUGUGUUUGGACUGCAACUCAGCAUGGCUAGAAUUGGGAGCACUGUCAAUAUGAACAUUAUGGGAUGGGUGUACUCCAAAGCUCAAGAUCUGAUCGGUUCUACGGGUCACACCACUCUUGGUAUAGCUCUCUUGAUAGGUGGUGUGUCAUGUAUCUUUUCACUACUCUGUGCUCUCAUUCUUGGUUAUCUGGAUAAAAGAGCAGAGAAAAUUCUGUGCAAAGAGCAGGGAAAAACUGGUGAAGUGAUAAAAUUAACCGAUGUGAAAGACUUCUCGCUGUCCUUGUGGCUCAUAUUUAUUAUCUGCGUUUGCUACUAUGUGGCCGUCUUCCCUUUCAUUGGACUUGGAAAGGUUUUCUUCAUUGAGAAAUUCAAGUUUUCUCCUCAAGAAGCAAGUGCAAUCAACAGCAUUGUAUAUAUCAUAUCGGCACCCAUGUCUCCUGUCUUCGGAUUCCUGGUAGACAAAGUUGGAAGGAAUGUCACCUGGGUUAUGUGUGCUGUAGUGAUAACUCUGGCUUCUCAUAUAAUGCUGGCCUUUACCUUCUGGAACCCCUGGAUUGCCAUGUGUUUCCUGGGAGUGGCUUAUUCCCUGCUGGCCUGUGCCUUGUGGCCUAUGGUAGCUUUCGUUGUCCCUGAACACCAGCUCGGAACUGCUUAUGGCUUCAUGCAGUCGAUUCAGAACUUGGGCCUGGCCAUCAUUGCCAUCGCAGCUGGCAUGAUCCUGGAUUCCCGGGGCUACCUCUUCCUAGAAAUCUUCUUCAGUGCUUGUUUGUGCUUGGGCCUCAUUGCUGUUGUCAUGCUGUACUUUGUGAAUCUCCUCAGAGGAGGUGACCUUAACUGGUCUGCAAAGAAAAGGGAAAAACUACAGAAACUAGCUGUGGCUGAAGCAAAAAGACGGGAAAAAAUCAGACGUCAGAAUGAAGAUGACUUAGCCAAAUUGCAACCAAAGAAUGACUUUAGUUUGAGGAAUAGGUAUCUCUCCAGAUUAGGUGCUCAGCUGCCAGAUACCUAUGUUUGCCACUUAGCUGCACUGGCACACAGAUGUGUGUUGAAGUAGCAGAAUUGUGUUCAAGAUGUGGAAAUGGCAGUGUGAAAUUUUGUGCAACGCAGGACCCCCCCUACUCUUCUGUGGAAGAGAGCGGCAAUAUACAGAAUGGAAAGCGGUCAAUAUUAGAUCUUGUGCCAACAAGCAUUUAGCUGACCUCUUGGAAGAUUUUUAAGAUGCUACAUUGAAUUCUAUGCCAAAGUGGGUGGGAUGGAACUAUUUUUUAAAAAGUUUCCAUGGAUUUACAGCUGUUUGCAGUCACCAGCUUUACCUAGAACUCAUAUCCGCUUACUGUUUUCCUGCACUUCAAAUAGAAUUUCAUAAUCAAUAUGAAUUUGGGGCAAAAAACAAAACAAAAUACCUGUUCAGUAUAACCACACUCUGAACUCUCAUAUCUUUUAUUUACAUUCUAGGUUUCUUUUGCUCUUAAGAAGGAAGCAGUGGAGCCUUAAUUCACUAGACUAUUUAUUUCUGUGAAAUUUUUAGCUUUUUAUUAUAAACAGUUUAAACACACUACUACCUUAAAAGUGACUUCUUGAAAAUGUAGGAAUUUUCAUAUUUUGUGUUGAUGAAAAGCAGAAGCAUGACAUUUCCUAUGGAAAUAGCUUAAAAUGUAUUUCUUCUUUAUUAAGGUAAUGGUAGCAAUAAAAUGGUAAAACUUGCUGUUGCAGUUUGCUGCAAUAAGAAAAGCCAUUUCUUGUGGCUAUAAAUGAAAUGGAUUAAAAUUCCAGGAGGAGACAGGCCUCAGGGCCAUCGUCAGCCUUCUAUCGCUGCAGAAAUGUUUUAAUAUGAAGCUGUUAAUAGUUAAAUAUUGCAUUACUAGCAAUGCAGUCAUCAAUUGGUUAACACUAGAUGUUACUGGCGGUUAUAUAAGCUGGUGCACCUUUCAACUUGAAUGUUGAUCCCAAGAUAGUACAGUGGUAUCUUGGUACUCAAACGGCUUAGCUCCUGAACAAAUCACCUCCCGAACGCCAAAAACCUGGAAGUGAGCGUUCCAGUUUGCAAAUGUUUUUCAGAAGCUGAAUGUUCAACACAGCUUCCGCAGCUUCCAGUUGAGUGCAGGAAGCUCCUGCAGCCAAUCGGAAGCUGCGCCUUGGUUUUCAAAUGGUUUCAGGAGUCAAACAGACUCCUGGAACGAGCUAAGUUCAAGAACCAAGGUACCACUGUACACAAAUGUAUUGUGUGGAAUCUUUUAGGCUACAAUCCUUUACAUACUUAACUGGGAUCAUAUCCCAUUGAAUCUGGUAGAAAUUCCUUUAGGUUGGCAUGCAUACAAUUGUACUGCUCAUUUUCCAUUAUCUGAGUAGUUUAAUGUUGCCUAAGCUAUAACAAAGGGACUGGCAGGUGGCGCUGUGCUAAACCACUGAGCUUAGGGCUUGCUGAUCAGAAGGUUGGCAGUUUGAAUCCCCACGAGGGGUGAGCUCCCGUUGCUCGGUCCCAGCUCCUGCCAACCUAGCAGUUCGAAAGCACAUCAAAGUGCAAGUAGAUAAAUAGGUACCACUCCGGCGGGAAGGUAAAUGGCGUUUCCAUGCGCUGCUCUGGUUUCACCAGAAGUGGCUUAGUCAUGCUGGCCACAUGACCCAGAAAAACUGUCUGCUACAAACGUCAGCUCCCUCAGCCAGUAAAGCGAGAUGAGCACCACAACCCCAGAGUCGUUUGCGACUGGACUUAACUGUCAGGGGUCCUUUACCUUUAAGCUAUAACAAGCAGUAUCUACACAGUCUUGGAAACUCUGCUGAAGGCUCUGGAACACAGUUCUCUUUACUCAAGCACAAGACUUGUUUUUAGAACACACCAUACCUGAACAUUGAUGACCUAAAAAAAAGUCAUAUACUCCCAAAAGUCAUUGGAUGCAUUUCUUUUACUACUUAUUUCAUGAGAAAUAAUAAUAAUAAUAAAAUAUUUUAGAGGAAAAUGUAAAUUCUAAAUGGAUGGCUUAUUUGUAAUUGUAAUUAUUCCCCCUUCUUGCUAAUAAAGCCAAAUAAGCACACUA